AUGCCGACGCCGCCCUCGCCCGUCGACCUCGACGAGGCGCUCCGCUUCUUUGCCUUUGACGUCGUCACCGACCUCGCCUUUGGCCAGCCGCUGGGCCUGACCCGCCAGAGGCGCGACGUCCUCGGCGUCGUCGACACCCUCUUUGUCGGCUUCAACCGCGCCGUCGCGCUCGCCCUGCACCCGAGGCUCGGCCGGGCCGUGCUGGGCGUGCUCAAGCUCUUCACCGACCCGACGGCCAAGCUCGUCGGCUGGUCGGUCGACUGCAUCCAGGGCCGGCUGCGGCGCGGCGACACGUCGCGCAGGGACAUGCUCUCGACCUUUAUGCGCUCCAGGGACCCCACCACGGGCAGGCCGCUCGACCUGGGCCAGCUGCUCGUCGCCGCCUUUCCCGUCCUGACGGCCGGCGGCGACACGACGUCGGCCACCAUGGCCGCGUUCGUCGCCUUGACCCACGAGCGGCCCGAGGUGCUGCAGCGGCUGCGCGACGAGGUCGACGGCUGCGGACUCAGCAUGCCGCCCACGUACGCCGAGUCGAUCAGGCACCUGCCCUACUUCGUGGCGCCGUCGUCGGUGGCGGCAGCGGCAGCGGCAGCGGCAGCGGCAACGGCAACGGCAACGGCGCCCUCUUCCUGCCCGAGGGCACCGAGGUGA